AUGUCGUCCCAAAACAAGAAGUGCGCCGAUCGCAAACGCAUACCAGCACCCACUUACACUCCCGGACAGGAGGUGUGGCUAUCACCCAAAGACUUCCCGUUAAAAGCUGUGUCUAAAAAGCUUGGUCCCAAGUUCCUCUGCCCCUUCAAGAUCGACCGUAUCAUCAGCCCACAGCAACCCCCUUCAGCCGCUCGGAUCGUGGACGGUCAUCCUGCCUUUACGGUGGACCGUAUUGUGACGUCAAUGCCACGUGGUCGCGGCCUCCAGUACCUGGUGGACUGGGCUGGUUACAGCCCGGAGGAACGUUCCUGGUUCCAACCGUUCUUGUCAACAGAACCACCCAGCCUGCACCCUCUUCGACAUUCGGACCUCUCAAGAUCUCCAGUCUACCUCAGCCCUCCUCCAGGAGUCCGCCUGCCUGUCCACCCUCCAACACACCAGCAUCAGAAAGAGAGUCUCAGUACCCACCUGGACCCAGGACACCACCCUCCCAAAGCCCAGGACAAACCUCAAACCCCAAUCCCGUUCCUGCUCCUCCACAGGGGUCGUCCCAGCGGCAGCAAAGUGCGACACAAGCGCCAGGCCCUGCAGGACAUGGCCCGGCCGCUCAAGCAGUGGCUCUACAAGCACAGAGACAACCCCUACCCGACCAAGACGGAGAAAAUCCUCCUGGCGCUCGGCUCGCAGAUGACUCUGGUCCAGGUGUCCAACUGGUUUGCCAAUGCUAGGGGACGCCUGAAGAACACAGUGAGGCAGCCGGACCUGAGCUGGGCCCUCAGGAUCAAACUCUACAACAAAUACGUUCAGGGCAACGCUGAGAGGCUCAGUGUCAGCAGUGACGACAGCUGCUCAGAAGAUGGAGACAACCCUCAGAGGACACAGAGUGGUUUUGAGGUUCUCACAAAACCCUUGUACCCGAGCGUCAUCAAGAGGGAGGGCUCCUCCAUGAUGGCCAUGACCAUAGGUACGGACCCGGGGCUGCAUUCUGCAGUCGAUGUCGCUUCCAUGGCCGUCAACUAUGUGUCUCCACCCAAGUCAACAUGGCACAUCAUGGUGGCCAACUCCGUCAUGGAUGCUUGCAAGAGGAAUGACUCUGGCUCCUUCAGCUCCAACAAAUUCAACGACAAUCCGCUGUCACAGUCCUUCUUUGAAGCUGAAGCCAACUUUGUUUAUCAAGCCAAAACCACAGAAUUUGGGCAAAGUAAAUGUGACAGUGGCAGCGGUGGCAUCACAGCUACGCAGAAGGAGGAGGUGAAGGCCAAAGAUGAGAUGCACUGGAAGGAGAUCAACGCGGCCAUGGCCUUGACCAACUUGGCACAGGGGAAGGACAGCGUCUCUGGGACAACCAGCUGCAUCAUCCAGAAGUCCUCUCACAUAGCUGAGGUGAAGACUGUUAGAAAAGCUGCUGCUGCUGCUGAAGUAUUAGCUCUGACGUUAUCCGUCUAUGCAAAGCAGCAAACAUUCCUCUCUCAGCAAACAGAGGCCAAAUAAACUCCCCCUGACAGAAAAACAACUGGUGCUGAAGGAGGAGAAAGGGGAUCUGAAAGGCCCAAAAUUCAACUGUUGGUCUUAUUGAAAAUGUCCAAAAGAUGCGUUGGCCAUCCUUUUCUUAAAACAAGGAACUUUUGUAAUCUUAUUUUUGUAUUUAUAUUUUUUACUGGUCCAGAUUCAGUAUUCACCAAAGAGCCUUUGUUUUGCAGCAGAUUCGCUCACUGAUUGUUCAGAUAUUCAACAAACAGAACUUGGUUGUUCUGAAAGGAAAGUCAGGAACAUUGAAGCAUCAUUGCAACCCCUACUUGGGUUGCAGUGAUGAGGCAGUCACUGCCUUUGUUCCUUUGAGCAGGUGCCUAGAUGAACCAUUAUAGCCUUAAACAUGUUAAUGUUGCCUGUAGGUGUUGACUCGUCUUGGAUCCGUCCUCCCCUGAUUGACCCAGUAUAUACAUGUCUGUAAGGUUCCGUUCAUGUGUGUCAUAAUGGAUUCAGAAAUAAUUACUUUUACAUUUUCUGACACUCAGACUGUUCUUGUGAUCAGAGACUUUAGGAAAUAAUCAAACUGAAUGUGCUGAACAAUUAAAAAAACUCCAUGUACAGAUCCUGGUGGGGAUGUGUUUUGACAUCAUGGUGAAGAAAAGUCUGACUUUAUUUUCAUUUUCACGUGGUGGGACAAUGGAAGAACCCUGAUCUGUCCGUAUUAUUUCAGGGCCAGCCAACAGAAAUCUGUUUGGGUCGACCGUAUAGGAAAUAAAUCAGGAAGGAGGUGAAUUGAGGCCAAGCGAUGAAGCUCAUGAUGAUCAUUUUGUAGAGUAAAAUGUUUGAUUAGCAGAAAUCACUGUCUCUGAUCCUAACCAGAACUAAUGCUUUAAUAGGGAUAACAUUGUUCUGGUUUGUUCUCAAAUAAAAUGCUUUUAAAAAACUGUUACUUUGUAAUGGAAAUGAAUAAACUAU